AUGUUACCCUCUGCAAUUUUAAUUUUAUAUUUAUUCAUCUUUUUGAUCAGUCACUACGAAACAACCGGUAAUGAAUGUGAUAAUUAUAAAUCACAGUGUAAUGAACAAAAAGAUUGUCAUUCAUGUAUAGAAGCUCAUUACUGUUGCGAAUAUUUUUAUGGAAAUCUUGAGAAUUCUACACGACCCAGAUGCGAUAUAAAUAUCGAAAAUGAACGAGCAGUGGAAAGAAAUUCUCGAACCAAACAUAAAGUUACAAAGGAUGAAAAUUUUUCAACAUCUGACAUCAUACAACUAAAACCACAAGGUUUUAAUAUUAAACUCCGAAAAGGCGAACCACAUAAUAUAACAUUUCAAUAUAAACCUGUAAAAGAUUAUCCUUUAGAUUUAUAUUAUCUAAUAGACAUUAGCCAUAAUAUGAAAGAUCAUAUGAAUGAUCUCAAAAAUCUAGCUGAAAUAUUACAGAGAGAAUUACAAGCUUUAACUAAAGAAUGGAAAUUAGGGUUAGGUUUAUUUAUGGAUAAGUUUCUAUUUCCAUUUAGCAGAAUGGAAGAAAGAUUUAUUAAAAAUCCAUGUAGAGGUACAGAGGUAGAUGCCACCUGCCAUUCGGGAUAUGCAUUUAAACAUCAAUUAAAUUUCACAAGAAAGGGUAUAUUUUAUGAUAAGGUUGCAAAUAUUAAUACAACGGCUAAUUUGGACGAUAGAGACGGUGCCUCAUUGGCAAUAAUGCAAGCACUUUGUUGUCAAAGAGAAUUUAAUUGGAGAGAGAAUUCCAGAAAAUUAAUACUAUUGGCAACGUCCAGUAAAAUGCAUUUUGCUGGUGACGGACUUUUAGCAGGUGCAAUUAAACCACAUCCUCAUCAAUGUUUAGAUGAAGAAAGGUUAAACUCAAAUGAAUUUGACUAUCCGGCAAUUGGUGAUAUAAUGAAACUUUUGAAAGAAAUGAAGACUAAUUUAGUUAUAGCUGCUAAGGAUAAUAAUGAACGUGAAAUGAGAGAACUACAAAAAUUGCUAGAUAAAAAUGCAUAUAUGGAUAUUUUAGAUAAAGACAAUCCACAUAAAAUCUUAGAUGUAAUUACGAAAGCUUAUAAUCAAUUUUUUCAAACUGCCAAGUUCUAUGUGAACGAAACAAUCUGGUCCGGAGAAAUUAGAGAUUACUUGAAAGUAGAUUUCUUUACGAAUUGUUCGGGUAAAAUGGAGUUAAAGGAUUCUUGUAACUCUAUUACACCAAAUAGUAUAGUGAACUUUACGGUUCAAUUAACACUAACAAAAAAACCCCCUGUUACGGAAGAAACUAUAUUUAUACAAGAACGAAGUAUAGGAGAAAGUAUAGAUUUAAAUAUAGAAUAUAAAGGUGUAUCAUGUCAAUGCAGAGACAAGGUACAUACAGAUGCAGAACAGUUCAGUAUUCCAUGUCAUAACGGAAAAGUAGAAUGUGAUGAAUGUAUAUGCGAAGAAGGAAUGUGUGGAAAAAAUUGUGAUAAGCAAGGCUGGGAGUUAAUUGAUUUAUGUAGAAAAGACGGUGGAUCUAUAUGUUCUCAGAACGGUGAAUGUAAAUGUGGCAAGUGUCACUGUGACUUGCCUUAUAGUGGAGAAUAUUGCGAGGAGGCUUGUCCAUGGACCCAAAUAGGCGUACAAGUGUGCAAUGGCUUUCUGUGCGAAAAUGGAACAUGUAUCUGUCCUGAUGGCUACUCCGGAAAUGCGUGUCAAUGUACCCCACGCAAAUGUAAUUAUAUGGAUUUAGAAUGUUACGGAAACGGACGUUGUGAAUGUGACGAAUGCAUAUGUAACGAAGGAUUUACUGGCAAAUAUUGUACUAAAGAUGAAAAGGGUGUACCUUUAUAUUGCGAGAUCGUUAAAGAUUGCGUUCGACAAAUAUAUGUUAAAGACACACCGUGUAAUAUGACUUUCUCUAAAAAUGUUCCGAACCGCCAGGAUGAUAUUGAAUAUGAUUGCUCCUUAAGACUCGAAUCAGAUGGACAGGAUGCCAAAAUUAUUUAUACCUAUUUAGAGGACAAAAAAGUAUUAUACCAUUAUUUGAUAAAAUCUGGUACAAAACAGGCUCUAUUAAUACCAUUCACAGGAAUUUUUGCUGGUAUAAUAGUAAUCGGAUUAAUAAUAAUGGUCCUGUAUAAAUUAUACAAUAACAUUCAAGAUAAAAAAGAAUACGACGCUUUUCUUAAGGCAGCAGAGAAGAGAAAAAUGAUACAAAUGAAUCCUUUGUACAAACCUGCUCAAACACAUUAUACAAAUCCCAUGCAUGCGAAGAUGAAUUAGUUGGAAAGUACUAAUUUAACAUAACAUUUUUGUUACAUUUUUUUUAUAAUUUUAGAAUUAGAUAUUAUAUAUAAUUACCAAUUACGCUGCGCGUGGUACUGGACAGUACUUGGAUAUUGCAACAUUACUUUAUUAUUCUAAAAUAAAAGAAUUUUUA